UCUUUGUUUUUAGUGCCACCAUGGCAACUGCACCAUACAACUACUCUUACAUCUUUAAAUAUAUUAUUAUUGGGGACAUGGGUGUAGGAAAAUCUUGCUUGCUUCAUCAAUUUACAGAAAAAAAAUUUAUGGCUGAUUGUCCUCACACAAUUGGUGUUGAAUUUGGUACAAGAAUAAUUGAAGUUAGUGGCCAAAAAAUCAAACUGCAGAUAUGGGAUACAGCAGGACAGGAGAGGUUUAGGGCUGUUACACGAAGCUACUACAGAGGAGCUGCAGGAGCGCUUAUGGUGUAUGAUAUCACUAGAAGAAGUACAUAUAACCACUUAAGCAGCUGGUUGACAGAUGCAAGGAAUCUCACCAAUCCAAAUACUGUAAUAAUUCUCAUAGGAAAUAAAGCAGAUUUGGAGGCACAGAGAGAUGUUACAUAUGAAGAAGCCAAACAGUUUGCUGAAGAAAACGGUUUAUUGUUCCUUGAAGCAAGUGCAAAAACGGGAGAGAAUGUAGAAGAUGCUUUCCUUGAGGCUGCCAAGAAAAUCUAUCAGAACAUCCAGGAUGGAAGCCUGGAUCUGAAUGCUGCCGAGUCUGGUGUACAGCACAAACCUUCAGCCCCGCAGGGAGGCCGGCUAACCAGUGAACCCCAACCCCAGAGAGAAGGCUGUGGCUGCUAGUGACCUCUUUGCUGUGGCUCUCAUUUGACCUUUCACCUCUGUCUGUUGGAAGCAGUACUUUUUACUGCCUCAUUGUCUUCUGUACAUCUUACUGGGUUUAAUUAAAAAAAAAAGAAAGAAAAAAGAAAAAAACUCUGUUGUAAAAACAGUUUAACACAAUACUAAACUGCUAAACAACUAGAUGUAAUCAGGUUAUCAAAGGCAAGUAGAGUAAUCUCUCCUGCAUGGUAAAUCUAGAUUCCCCCUGCCCCCCCACUCCCCGCCUUGAUUGUCCUCGUGAUAGGUAUGUCACCAAUACAUGAUUUAAACUGAGCACCGACGCUGGACUUCAUGAUUUUUACCCCUCCCUCUUUUCGGCAAGGCUUUGUCUCACUGUACGGUUUAAUUUGAUAUCUGAAGCCUUUCUCCCCAUAUCUUUAACUGUUCAAGUAUGUCUGUUGUAACCAAGAAGUUUAUUGCUAUGAAAUGGCUUCUGAAGAUAGUAAAGGGGGUUCUGUAACUGCUUUUGUUUUUGUCAGAUAAAUUCCCUGUUGUGUGGGUGGCAUUUUUCUUAAGGUUUGCUUCUGUCUUAGCCUUGCACAGGGAAACUGUCCAUUUAUCUUCUCUCUUGUGCUUAAUUAAUAGCUUUAUCUUUUUUUACAUCAUUUUAUCCUUUUCUCUUUAGCAGAAAGUAAAUAUGUAUAAAAUUUGAAGGAACUGAACUAACAAUACAUUCUGUGUAUAUUAUUUUAAUGAAGAAAAUAAAUUGAUUACUGGCAUUGGAACAGUAUAAAAUACCAGUUUGUACAGUAAGACCUAUAUGUGACCAUGUUACUCCCUUCCAUUUUACACAAGGAAAUAGACACAACUGCAGUUCACAAGUAAUACUGGCUCCACCCUUUGGUGCUGGCAAUUUGGGGACAUUAUGCUGUAAAGAGCUCCUAGCGUGAGAGGAUUAACACUAGCAGAUUCUGUUCAUCUUUGCACUGUGGCUUACCUGCUGAUUUUCUUAACUGUUCUUGUGCAAUUGAUAAUGUGCUAACCUGCUUUUCUCUUUUUGUAAACGUUUUGCAUUACAGGCUGCAUUUCUUGCCUUACUGUAUAGAAAAAGAAAAAAGGCUGGGUUUAUUAUUGCACAUUUUAAGCUUUUAUACCUUUAUCUUCUUGGAAUGGCAAGAUUCUGAACCAGACAGCCAGAACCAUAGGUCUGCUGUUAAGGGAUUUUAAAUUGUGCAUUUUUAACACUACAGUAAAAUAAUUCAAGAUAUCCCUUGUAUUCUUAGUAUGAGGCACUAUUUUUGGUCAUAAUGCCAUAAAUUGUUUUGUAAAAGAGAAAGUGUUUCUAACAGUGUUUCAAUGUUUGUGCUGAUACAAAGUAAGUUAUUACUUUGCCUGCGAUGGUUUGGCCACUAAAAAUACAGUAUUGCAAGGGAAACAAUCAUUUCUUUAGACAACAAACAUAUUUUACGAAGUUUGCUACUUCUGUUGAUUGAUUUCUGAGUUUAUGGUUCAGGCUGGGAAUUCAGAAGUUAUUGAAGUAUAAGAUAGGUAAACUUGAGUAUAUUAUAUAAAAUGCACUCAGCUCAACUGCUGUGUUUAAAAUACACAUUUUUAAUCCCUCUUUACAGACACUAAAGUAAAAAAAUAUAUACCUUUCUGGGUUGUAAACAUGUGGUAGUACCAGAGUAUUGUAUAGUCAAUGUUAAAUAAAAGCCAAAACUGGAAUGUGCAGAAAAUAGGAUUUGGUUAAUUUGUGGACUCAUUUUUAUUUUUGACUUGAACUUUUUUAAAAAGAAGAUUCCUGAAGUAGAUUGGUAUAUUCUGUUAAAGACUUACAGUGAUCCAUUUUGCUCACACUGUUGCACCACAAGGGACUCACCCAGGGACCAUGACCUGCCGGUGUGUGUAUAUAUUUACAAAGAUAAAACAAACAAACCACCCAUUGGGGGGAUAUAUGGUAGCAAUCACAAACUAAAGACUGGGGCUUGUUUAGGUGCAAUACCCUGAUUUCCAAAGUUAAUUACAGUGGGUCUUAUUGUUUUUGUGACAGGAUCUAUUCAGACUGCUGUACUCUUCAUUUGAUGUAACAAAAUGCUAUUAAUCUAAAUAUUUGUAAAUAAAGUACCUGUAUCUAGAUUAAAUUAAAA